AUGUUUGAGAGCGUGUGCAGUCUUCCGCUCUCCGGCGAUGUCUUUGCGCAGGCGGUACACCCUACGGAGCCGCUCGUGGCCGUGGGCCUGUUCAAUGGCCGGGUGAAGUGCUUUCGGCUGCCACCGACGACGGGCGGAGGCUCGAGCGUGUCAGAGGAUGAUGCGGAGACGAGCAUCUUGUCCGAUGGACGGGCGACGAUUGACACGAUUUGGGAGACCAAGAGACAUAAGCGGAGCUGUAGGGCGUUGACGUAUUCCCCGGACGGUGACUUCAUGUUCUCCGCAGGAAGCGACGGCAUUGUGAAGCAUUUUUCGUCGAGCUCUGGACGAGUAGCCUCCAAGGUAUUAGUGCCCAAGUUUGCAAACCAAGAAGACGCGCCUUCGAUCCUCCACGCCAUCGACCCGCAGCAUAUCCUCCUCGGAACGGACGCCGGCGCGCUGCACAUCUUCGAUCUCCGGCAGGACGGCCUAGCAGGCAAGGCGGCGCGGACGAGCUUCCCGCACACGGACUACAUCUCCUCCAUUGUGCCGCUGCCGCCCAAGGCGGCGACGGAGAAGGGCGGUGGUGGUGAUGGGGCGAGCGUGUUCCCGAAGCAGUGGGUGACGACGGGCGGGACUACGCUAGCGGUGACGGAUAUACGGUCAGGGACGUUGGUGCGAUCAGACGACCAGGAAGAUGACCUGCUGGUGCUGACCAUGUGGGACCGGGGCUCGUGGGACGACCAGCAGGAGCGGGUGAUUGUGGAUACGGGUCGCGGGGGUGGAGACAGCAUCGACGCGGUGGCGCUGAUCCCCGAGGAGGCGGGGUACGGGAAGAAGCUGUUCGCGGCGGUGGGCGACGGCAGCCUAAGGCUCGUGGAUCUGAUAAAGAGAGAGGUGGAUAUCACGGCCACGUUGAGGCACGAUGACCAGGAAGGGGCCAUCGCGAUAGAUUUCGACUGCUACGGCCGCAUGAUCACGGCGGGUGGCUCGAUUGUCAAGAUUUGGGAGGACUUGACGGAGCUGCAGAUUGCCGACUCGGACGAUGAGGAUGAGGAUGAAGAAGAUGGCAGCGAGAGCGAUGAUGAUGAUGACGACGAUGACGGCGAUGACGAUGAUGAAGAAGAGGGAGAUGACUCGUCGGAUAAUGGCAAAGCCGCCAAGAAUAAGAAGAAGCGGGCGAGGGAAGAAAGCAGCGACGACUCGGAUGACUCGGACGACGACUCGGCUGACGAGAGGGAGCGCGAGAGGCAAGAGAAGCAGCGGAAGAGGCGAGAGGCGAUUGCGGCGCGGUUAGGGCCGAUGGGGGCGCAUGGGGUGCUCAAAUUUGAUGGUUUGGAUUAA